CGUAAAUAAAAAAAUUGUUUGAGAUAUACAAUGAAACCGAUUCAACAACAAAUUACACAUUAUUUUUUAAUUUUUUUAAAAAAAAUUUAAAAUAAAAAAAUAUUAUGUCUUUCACUCGUAAAAAGAAAACUUGUCAAAAUCAAAUACUCGUGAAUUGUGAAGUUGUAAUUGCAAGUAUUCAGAAAUAGAGAUAAUAUACACAAUUACUAACAUGAAAAAAAAGAAAAAAAAAACAGUCGGAAGUACAUUAACCCCCCCCAUAAAACAAUUUUUUUUUAGAAAGCCACAACUCCCACAAGGGUGGAGCGAGAGUUGAUCCCAAAACUUACUGAAACGAGAAAAACUCCAAGUACUUGAGCUAUCUCUCACUCAGUCCCCUAAAAAACAUGUGUGCUUAAUUGAUUCAAGUUUAUCGUGUACACACUCCGGCUAAAACUAAAGUGCUUUAAUUUCAAAGUGCAGAACUAUAGCAACAACGAACUGAAAAUGGGUUCUACAACUCCAGCAAUAAUGAGUAAUGUUUAUGCAUCAACCUCACAUUUUCCAAUCAUCUCUUUCCUUCCAUUAAACCCCACUAAAUCAAUAACACACUCAAAUUUUCAUAUUCAACAACAAAAACACCAUCAUUUUCACGCUCUUCACUUGAAAAUCCAAAGAAAAAAUGUCAUCACUGCUUCAAUAAUCGCUUCCACCAGGAAAAUGGAAGAAAUCUUGCCUCCACCUCUUGAUUCUACUUCAGACCCACCUCUAUUGUUUGAUGGCACAACAAGGUUGUAUAUUUCAUACACUUGCCCAUAUGCUCAACGGGUUUGGAUUACCCGUAAUUGUAAGGGACUACAAGAUAAAAUAGAAUUGGUGGCCAUUGAUCUCAAAAACAGGCCUUCGUGGUACAAAGAAAAAGUCUACCCAUCAAAUAAGGUUCCAUCAUUAGAGUACAAAAAUGAAGUUAGAGGUGAGAGCCUUGAUUUGAUGAAGUUUAUUGACAGUCACUUUGAAGGGCCUUCCUUAUUCCCCAGUGAUCCUGUGAAGCAGGACUUUGCUGGCGUACUAUUUUCUUAUAUUGACUCAUUCCAUAAAGCUGUGACUUCUUCUUUCAAGGAGGAUGGAGUGAAUGCAGAAACUGGUACUGCCUUUGACUACAUUGAAGAUGCGCUUUCCAAGUUCAAUGAUGGCCCCUUUUUUCUGGGUCAGUUCAGUCUGGUUGAUAUUGCUUAUGUCCCAUUCUUUGAAAGAUACAUCCCCUUUUUGAAAGAUGUGAGGAGCUAUGAUAUUACAGCCGCGAGACCUAAGAUUGCUAUGUGGAUUCAGGAGAUGGAUAAAAUAGAGGGCUAUAAGCAAACACAAACUGAUCCAAAGUUGCUUGUUGAAAGUUACAAGAAACGUUUCUUGCACAUAAUUUUCGAACAAGUUUAUAUGAUACUUGCAGACCAAGCUUUGACGAGAGGACGAAGCUAAGCUACGGAAAGCUUUUUAUUAAAGCUUGUUAUUUUAUUUAUAGAAGGUGAUAAUGGUAUCGAUAGAUUACAUGUGAAAUGGAUUAGUCCUCUAAACUCAAAUAACUGGGGUAGUUGUCAGCUUAAUAAGCCAUGCUUGUUAGCACGAGGAAUGCCCUUAUAUUUUCUGAUGCUUCCUGUAUAUUCUCAGUGAAAGCUUUAGCACUUUUACUUUUCAAACUGUGAUGUAUUAUAGCUUUUACUAAUAUAAUACAAUAGCAUUUCUUGGUAAA